UGGCUGUUCCGGAGCUAGGGAGCGCGUUCUCCAGGGAACGGUGGCUGCGACCGAGGUGGCCCGGGCCAGCUCGGGCAAGCAGAGCACCCACGAUGGGCACCCCAGCCUCUGUGGUGAGUGAGCCGCCACCCUGGCAGGCCCCGACUGAGGCCCGGGGCCGCAAGCAGGCCUCAGCCAACAUCUUCCAGGAUGCUGAGCUGCUGCAGAUCCAAGGCUUGUUUCAGCGCAGUGGGGACCAGCUGGCUGCGGAACGGGCACAGAUCAUCUGGGAGUGCGCGGGGGACCACCGUGUGGCCGAGGCCCUGAAGAGGCUGCGCAGGAAGAGGCCCCCAAGGCAUAAACCCCUGGGCCACUCACUACACCACUGCAGCCGGCUCAGAGUCCGGGAGCCCCACUCUCCACUGGCCGACCCACAGAGUAGUGCCACGGAGACAGCCUCCAGUGAGCAGUAUCUGAACUCUAGGAGGACAAGUGCCAGGAUCCGCCGGAACUGGAGGAAGCCAGGCCCCACAAACUACCUCCACCAGAUUAGACACUGAACGAGGGAAAGGCUGGGAAUGGCAGUGUCUUCCCCAGAAAUCAAAGGGACUUUUGCCAAAGUGCCUGGGGAGGUGAAGAAGGAAGAGAAUUGAGGCAGGCAGCCCUACAUGGGUAUAUGAAAAGAAGAGACCACUGCCACUGGCCUGCUCAGUUCAGAACAGGACUGGAGGCUUCCACUGGGCUGUUACGUGGGACCCAUUCGUCCCCAGAACAAGUAACGGCAACUGUUCCUGCCUCAGCCCUUCCCAAUGUAACACUAUACCUGGGCUGCAUGAUGUUCCCCUGGGAGUCAAGCGACAGCACUCAGACACAGCAUCUCCGCACUGCUGCUACUACUGUAACCCAUGGUCCCGCAGCCUGUCCCAUGCCCCCGCACUGUCAGGCCAGCACAGGGAAACCAUGGUUUAA